UGGAUUGUACCUUACCUCACUUACGGUGAGGUAAACGGUGUUAAAAGUACCUAAGGUAAGAAGCGUCUUCUUUGCUAGGGAAGUUAAGGUAAGACCAAAGACGUCAGGGACAACGGGAGAAGUAAAGGAAAGCUGCGGGCUGCUGCGUAAGGGUCUUUCCGAGAUCAACAUCCUCCAAUUCGUAUUUAGAUCUCAACUCUUCCCACCCCAUAGUUCCUAGCUCAUUCUUCCUUUCUUUUCUCUCUUCUUCAAUUCCAGCCUCUAAAUAUUCCGUCUUUGUGAAGUUUCUAGACAUUCGGCUUCAAACUUCUGAUCGCUCUCACCGCAACUCUCCCAGACCUCACAUACACUUCCAUCACAAUGGAGGCCAUCAAGCAAGCUCUUCACCUUGGCAAGGCCAAUGAUGCCCCUGCUGAGCCUAGCCCCGAGGCUCUCAACGAGCUCAAGGAGAAGUACACAAAAGCCGGCCAAGAGCAAGUCUUCACCUUCUACGACUCCCUCUCAUCGGCCGAGCGAGGAACUCUGUACCAGCAGCUUUCUGGCUUCGACCCCACCCAUAUCAACGAGAUCACACACCGCGCCCUGAACCCUCCCAAGACCAGCGAUGAGCCCGAUCGCCUCGAGCCUCUCCCCGAAUCUGCUACCGCUAGCAUUCUCGACUCCAGUGCCGAUGAUAUCUCCAAGUGGUACGACUCUGGUCUUGACCUCAUCUCCAAGGGUCAGGUCGCCGUCGUCCUCAUGGCUGGCGGUCAGGGCACUCGCCUUGGUAGCUCUGCCCCCAAGGGCUGCUACGACAUUGGCCUUCCCUCCCACAAAUCUCUCUUCCAACUUCAGGGUGAGAGAAUUGUCAAGAUCCAGGAGCUCGCCGCCAAGAAAUCUGCUGGCUCCAACGCCGUGGUUCCCUGGUAUGUCAUGACCAGUGGUCCUACCCGUGGCCCUACCGAAAAGUUCUUCCAGGAAAACAACUACUUUGGCCUGAGCCAGGACAACGUCAAGAUCUUCGAGCAGGGUGUUCUGCCCUGCAUCUCCAACGAUGGCAAGAUCCUUCUCGAGACCAAGGGCAAGGUUGCUGUUGCUCCUGAUGGAAACGGUGGCCUCUACAACGCUCUUGUCGUCUCCGGUGUUGUUGAUGAUAUGCGAAAGCGCGGUAUUCAGCACAUCCACGCCUACUGCGUAGACAACUGCCUUGUGAGGGUCGCUGACCCCAUCUUCAUUGGUUUCUCUGCCGCCCUUAACGUCGACAUUGCCACCAAGGUUGUCCGUAAGCGUAACGCUACUGAGUCCGUCGGUCUGAUUCUCUCCAAGAACGGCAAGCCAGAUGUUGUCGAGUACUCCGAGAUCGACAAGGCCACUGCCGAGGAGCUUGACCCUAAGCAGUCUGAUCUCCUUCGAUUCCGUGCUGCCAACAUUGUCAACCACUACUACUCUUUCAGCUUCCUCGAUUCCAUUCCUCAGUGGGCUCACAAGCUCCCCCACCACAUCGCCCGCAAGAAGAUCCCCUCUGCUGAUCUUGAGAGUGGCGAGACCGUCAAGCCCGAAAAGCCCAAUGGCAUCAAGCUGGAGCAGUUCGUCUUCGAUGUCUUCCCCUUCCUGACCCUGGACAAGUUUGCCUCACUCGAGGUCAAGCGUGAGGAUGAGUUCUCUCCCCUCAAGAACGCUCCCGGCACUGGCGAGGAUGACCCCGAUACCAGCAAGGCUGAUAUCAUGACCCAGGGCAAGCGCUGGGUCGAGGCUGCUGGUGCCAUUGUCGUUGGUGACAAAGCCGAGAUUGGUGUUGAGGUGUCCCCCCUCAUCAGCUACGGGGGUGAGGGUCUGGAGAAACUCAAGGGUACGGAGAUUACGCCCCCUACUCUCCUGUGGCGAGAGUAAGAAGAAAGUAAAUGAUACCAUUACCAGCCAGGACGACAUAACGAUGCUGUGGUCUUAGGUUUGGCAACUAAAAGUUGUUUGAAAGAUCUUGUGUAGUUUAUGAAAUACAUUGACCACAAGUAGUAAUAAAGAUUAAAGAGACCUCGGCUUGGAACUUUCUGUAUAUCAUGCAAACGUGAAGUGGAUUAAAUUGAAAGUCUUGACUGCUCCUUCUCUUUAUGUAGAUAUCUAUAUCCCGUCUAAAAUGGCGC